AUGAGCUACAAUGAAAUCCCAAUCAUGUUCCUACCCUUACCACCCCUGUGGAACCCAAUGGACACCAACCACUGGUUGGAACUGUCAAAGUGGAUUGAACAGUGGCUGGUGGACAUCGUGCAAGUGAUGAAUGUUCCUGAAUGGACAUGGGGUCAUGAUGUGUUCUGGCUUGCAUAUAUUGGAGCAUAUCCAGCCUUCCCAUGCAGGAAAUGGGAGCCAUGGAACCUGAUCAUCCCACUGGAAGGACAGUUCAUCAAAGAGUGGCUUGCAAAGGAAGAGACUGAUGAUACAUUCCCCUGUAAUGUUUCAGACAUGCUAUCAUACAUCUGGAAUGAAUUUUGUAGACAUGCUGUCCUUUUCUACCCCUUCCCUUUGCUAGUCUCCAACUGA